ACGUACGUGACGUCGUUUCCUCUCUCCAACAUGGCGCAGGAGUCAGGUUGUUAAUGGAAAUCUGAGGGAUUUACCCCACCUUCUGUGUUUAUUUAUGUUUGUGUGUUAGGGGCUGUGUGGCUGACAUUUGAAAAGGAAUACAUUUCGGAUCGAGGCGGCCGCAGCCCCCUUUGGGACCAGGUACUCCUCGCCCCAAAUUCCUGUGCGACAUGUAUGAGGGCAAAAAGACGAAAAACAUGUUUCUAACCAGAGCUUUGGAAAAGAUCUUGGCCGACAAAGAGGUGAAAAAGGCUCACCAUUCUCAGCUGCGUAAAGCCUGCGAGGUGGCAUUAGAGGAAAUCAAAGAGGAAUCCGAAAAAUUGAGUCCGCCCAGUGGAGACAACAAAUCAGGCUCCAGCACUUUACCCCCGAUCAAAUCCAAGACCAACUUCAUCGAGGCCGACAAGUACUUCUUGCCGUUCGAGCUGGCAUGUCAGUCCAAAUGUCCCCGCAUUGUCAUCACCUCGCUAGACUGUUUACAGAAGCUGAUCGCAUACGGCCACCUGACUGGCAAUGCCCCCGACAGCACCGCCCCGGGCAAGAAGCUCAUCGACCGCAUCAUCGAAACCAUCUGCGCCUGCUUCCAGGGCCCUCAGACCGAUGAAGGGGUGCAACUCCAGAUCAUCAAGGCCUUGUUGACAGCGGUCACCUCUCAGCACAUAGAGAUCCAUGAGGGGACUGUCCUGCAGGCUGUGCGGACCUGCUACAACAUCUACCUGGCCAGCAAAAACCUCAUCAACCAGACCACCGCCAAGGCCACGCUCACACAAAUGCUCAACGUCAUCUUUGCACGAAUGGAAAACCAAGCACUUACAAAUCACAAGAUAUCUUGGUCUCUGGCCUCCCGAAAGCGUGACCGCCAGCUGCAGGAGGCAAAGCAGCAAGAGAGAGAGCGACAUCGACAGCAUUCCCCGGUCACACCUCAGAAUGAGUCCAAGGGGCCGAUCCAAGAGGCCAACGGUCCCACCACGCCCUCCACCCCGACCAUCAACAUCCCCUCUGCCCCCUCCACGCCUUCCACAGCCCCCUCCACCCCCGCCCCCGAGGGGAACAGCCGGUCUGUGUCAGAGCAGGGGCCUGCCUACGAGAAUCCAGACCCGGAGAAUGGUACUGAAUUUUGUGAGGCAGAAAAUGAACAGACAGAGGCUGACCAGGCAACAGCAGCGGCACAGAAUGCAGAAGUUCAAGAGCAUACGGAGGCCAAUGAGGAAGGAGAUGCUCCCAACUAUGAGGAGAAAGCCCAGGAAAUUGUCCAGAGUAUACUUCAAGAAGUAGUCAAUACUGUAGCUGGAGGGCACUGUCUAGACCCUGCAAACCUGUGCUCUGAGGCAAAGGAUUCAGGUGAGCCAGCUGAGUCUGAGCCUGCUGAGGCCGUCACCGAGGGCAACCAGAGCUCUCUGGAGGAUGAGGGGACCGCAGGCAGUGACACUGAGCACGUCCACGCCAACGGCAUCCCGGGAACCCCUAUCUCUGCCACCUUCACCCCCUCUCUUCCCGAUGACCGGUUGUCUGUCUCAUCCACUGACACUCAGGAAUCUGGUGCAGCUCCGGGACAGCCUCCAGGAGCUAAAUUUUCCCACAUCCUACAGAAAGACGCCUUCCUCGUCUUUCGAUCGCUUUGUAAACUGUCAAUGAAGCCGCUGUCUGAUGGACCACCGGAUCCCAAGUCUCAUGAGUUGCGGUCAAAGGUCUUGUCUCUGCAGCUGCUGCUGUCUAUUCUGCAGAACGCUGGGCCCAUUUUUAAAACCAAUGAAAUGUUCAUAAACGCCAUCAAGCAGUACCUGUGUGUGGCUCUGUCUAAGAACGGGGUCUCCUCUGUGCCCGAGGUCUUUGAACUCUCUCUGUCCAUUUUCCUCACUCUGCUGUCACACUUCAAGACUCAUCUCAAGAUGCAAAUCGAGGUCUUCUUCAAAGAGAUUUUUCUCUACAUCCUGGAGACCUCAACAAGCUCCUAUGACCAUAAGUGGAUGGUGAUCCAGACUCUGACCAGAAUAUGUGCAGAUGCCCAGAGUGUGGUGGACAUCUAUGUCAAUUAUGAUUGUGACUUGAAUGCUGCCAAUAUUUUUGAACGCUUGGUCAAUGACCUGUCAAAAAUUGCACAGGGCCGUGGUGGCCACGAGCUCGGCACAACACCACUACAGGAGCUGACUCUAAGGAAGAAGGGCCUUGAAUGUCUAGUGUCCAUUUUGAAGUGUAUGGUAGAAUGGAGUAAAGACCAGUAUGUGAACCCCAACUCCCAAACCAGCCUUGGUCAAGAGAAACCAUCAGAGCAGGACAACACAGAGACGAAGGCCCCGGACACUAUAAACCGCUACGGGAGCAUUAACUCUCUAGACUCCACAGCAUCCUCCGGCAUUGGGAGCUACAGCACGCAAAUGUCCGGCACUGACAACCCGGAGCAGUUUGAGGUCUUGAAACAGCAGAAGGAAAUUAUCGAGCAAGGCAUAGACCUAUUUAACAAGAAGCCAAAGAGAGGAAUCCAGUACCUACAGGAGCAAGGCAUGCUGGGAACCACACCGGAGGACCUUGCACAGUUUUUGCAUCAAGAAGAAAGACUUGAUUCAACUCAGGUUGGAGAGUUCUUAGGGGACAAUGACCGGUUCAAUAAAGAAGUGAUGUAUGCCUACGUGGAUCAGAUGGACUUCCAAGGAAAAGAUUUUGUGUCAGCACUGAGGAUGUUCUUGGAGGGCUUUCGACUCCCGGGAGAGGCCCAGAAGAUUGACCGACUCAUGGAGAAAUUUGCAGCAAGAUAUCUUGAAUGCAAUCAGGGGCAAACACUCUUCGCCAGUGCUGACACGGCGUACGUCCUGGCCUAUUCCAUCAUUAUGUUGACAACAGACCUCCACAGUCCACAGGUGAAGAAUAAAAUGUCCAAAGAGCAAUACAUCAAGAUGAACCGGGGGAUUAAUGACAGCAAAGACCUGCCGGAGGAGUAUCUGUCCGCCAUCUACGAUGAGAUCGCAGGGAAGAAGAUCGCCAUGAAGGAGACCAAGGAGCUCACCAUGAAAUCUAACAAACAGAGUGUAGCCAGUGAGAAGCAGCGGCGCCUGUUGUACAAUGUGGAAAUGGAGCAAAUGGCAAAAACGGCCAAAGCUUUGAUGGAGGCUGUGAGCCACGUCCAGGCCCCUUUCACCAGCGCCACACAUCUGGAGCACGUUAGACCCAUGUUCAAGCUGGCGUGGACUCCCUUCCUGGCUGCAUUCAGUGUGGGUCUGCAGGACUGUGAUGACACUGAGGUGGCCUCUCUUUGUCUAGAAGGCAUUCGCUGUGCCAUUCGGAUAGCAUGUAUCUUCUCAAUACAAUUGGAGCGCGAUGCCUAUGUUCAGGCUCUGGCAAGGUUCACAUUGUUGACGGCGAGUUCUGGCAUCUCUGAAAUGAAGCAGAAAAACAUCGACACUAUCAAGACCCUCAUCACUGUGGCUCACACUGACGGAAACUACCUGGGCAACUCCUGGCACGAGAUCCUGAAGUGCAUCAGUCAGCUGGAGUUGGCUCAGCUCAUCGGUACAGGGGUGAAAGCCCGCUACAUCUCAGGGACAGUACGCGGCAAAGAGGGCUUCAUCACAAGCACCAAGGAACAGACAAAUGAUGAGUAUCUUGGACUAGUUGGUGGGACAGUGGAUCGAAAACAGAUUGCUAGCAUCCAGGAGUCAAUUGGAGAGACCAGUUCCCAGAGUGUGGUGGUGGCUGUAGACAGGAUAUUCACAGGCUCCACCAGACUGGAUGGUAACGCAAUAGUGGAUUUCGUGCGCUGGCUGUGCGCUGUGUCCAUGGAUGAGCUGGCCUCGCCCACACACCCGCGAAUGUUCAGCCUGCAGAAAAUAGUGGAGAUCUCCUACUACAACAUGGGCCGCAUCAGGCUUCAGUGGUCCAGGAUAUGGGAGGUCAUUGGAGAUCAUUUUAACAAGGUCGGCUGUAGCACCAAUGAAGAUGUUGCGAUCUUUGCAGUGGAUUCUCUUCGGCAGCUGUCAAUGAAGUUUUUGGAGAAGGGCGAGUUGGCUAACUUCAGAUUCCAGAAAGAUUUCCUUCGGCCUUUUGAGCACAUCAUGAAAAAGAACAGGUCCCCCACUAUCAGAGACAUGGUCGUGCGCUGUAUAGCUCAGAUGGUGAACUCACAGGCAGCAAACAUCCGCUCUGGUUGGAAGAAUAUCUUUUCAGUCUUCCAUUUGGCCGCUUCUGACCAGGACGAAAGCAUUGUGGAGUUGGCCUUCCAAACCACGGGCCAUAUUGUCACGAAUGUAUUUGAGAAGCACUUUGCAGCCACCAUAGACUCCUUCCAAGAUGCUGUCAAGUGUCUGUCUGAGUUUGCCUGCAAUGCCUCGUUCCCAGACACCAGCAUGGAGGCCAUCCGGCUCAUCCGACACUGCGCCAAAUAUGUGUCUGAAAGACCACAGGCCUUCAAAGACUAUACCAGUGAUGACAUGAAUGUAGCACCAGAGGACCGCGUGUGGGUGCGUGGCUGGUUCCCCAUUCUCUUCGAGCUCUCGUGCAUCAUCAACAGGUGUAAACUGGAUGUGAGGACCAGGGGGCUAACAGUAAUGUUUGAAGUGAUGAAGACGUACGGCCACACCUUCGAAAAACACUGGUGGCAAGAUUUGUUCAGAAUUGUGUUUAGGAUCUUUGACAAUAUGAAGUUGCCAGAGCAGCAGACCGAGAAAGCAGAGUGGAUGACAACCACCUGUAACCAUGCACUUUAUGCCAUUUGUGAUGUUUUCACCCAAUACUUCGAGUCCCUUAACGAUGUGCUAUUGGAUGACAUUCUGGCUCAGCUGUACUGGUGUGUGCAGCAGGAUAAUGAGCAGCUGGCCCGCUCAGGCACCAACUGUUUAGAGAAUGUAGUUAUUUUGAAUGGAGAGAAGUUCUCCCUGGAGACCUGGGACAAGACGUGUAACUGCAUGUUGGACAUCUUCAAGACAACCAUCCCUCAUGCCUUGUUAACAUGGAGACCAGCAGGAGCAGAAGGAGAGCCGUUUGCUGCACUGAGUCUGUCUGAAAAACAACUGGACACUGUUUCCCAGAAGUCCGUGGAUAUUCAGUCGCGCUCCGAUGACCAGCUCUCCCUCAGCAGUGCGGACCGCAUUGCCAUGGAGACCCGUCGUCAGAGCCAGUACAGUUCAGGUGUGGCAGAGACCAGGAACUCGACCAAAGCCCAGGAGCAGCGGCUUUUCUCGGCUCUGCUCAUUAAGUGCGUGGUGCAGUUGGAGCUCAUCCAGACCAUCGACAACAUCGUGUUCUUUCCAGCCACCAGUAAGAAGGAGGAUGCUGAGAACCUUGCAGCUGCUCAGAGGGAUGCGUUGUAUGCAGCAGAUGUCCCUGUGGAGACCCAGGACCAGGGCAUGUACCGGUACCUGACUUCACAGCAGCUCUUUAAGCUCCUGGACUGUCUCCUUGAGUCGCACCAUUUUGCUAAGGCCUUCAACUCCAACAACGAGCAGAGGACUCUACUCUGGAAAGCUGGCUUUAAGGGGAAGUCCAAGCCAAACCUGUUGAAGCAGGAGACCAGCAGUCUGGCGUGUGGCCUGAGGAUUCUCUUUCGGAUGUACACUGACGAGACCCGACAGGACGCCUGGGAGGAAGUGCAGAGGCGACUGCUCAAUGUGUGUAGCGAGGCUGUAGCGUACUUCUUGGCUUUGACCUCCGAGAGUCACAGAGAGGCUUGGACAAACCUUCUGCUGCUCUUCCUCACUAAAGUGCUAAAAAUCAGUGAUGAAAGGUUCAAAGCCCAUGCAUCCAGAUACUACCCCCUACUGUGCGAGAUCAUGCAGUUCGACCUGAUCCCAGAGCUACGUGCUGUACUGAGGAAGUUUUACCUCCGCAUCGGUUUGGUUUUCCACAUCGCGCAGCUGCCAGAGCCUGAGCCCUCACCGGACGCCCAACCAGCCCAGGAGACAGACACUGAGUUGGCGGAGGAGGCGGGGGAGGAGGCCCAGUGAUGUUCCCAAAAACACUAGUACCUCCAUGUUUUAUGCUGAUCACACUUGACUACCACCCACCCUCUCAACUCCUGUCACCACUCACCCAUAUGUCUUUCGAAAAGGAGUCCGCGGUGAAAUCUUGUGUAGCGCUGCCUCUGGAGAAACUACUGAUUCACAAAAUAGACAGUAAUCCAUAUCUUUUGAAUUGAAGGAAAAUAUAAUCCAAAACGUGUGCUUCUUACUGUAUCUUUAACAUGUAACAAAUGAGUGGUUUCAACAACAUGCAAAAAUCUGGAUGAAGUGUGGCUUUAAGUCACACAGCUGAUGCUAACAUUAGUAAUGGACAUUUUGAGUGAAACUAGUUGUACAGAUCUGCCGCUGUAAUGUAAUAUAAAGUUAUAAUAACACUAGAUUUCAUUUAUUUUUGUUUAUCGUUUGUCUGGAUUUGCUGCACUUGAUCUCUUUUUGAAUGCACUGGAGAUUUUACUUUUGUGAUAAUUUAUUUGACCUCACCAUUUCUUGCCGAUUGAAGAUGAUCAUGGAAAGUGAAGGGUUAAAUUAUUCCAUUUUUUAUUUGUUCUUAGUUUUUUAACACAACACUUCUAAAACUGGAAGAUGUUUAAGAUGAACUGAUGCUAGCUGCUUUUCAAUCACCAAUAGGUUUUCAUGUUUGACUUUAGUUUUCACACUUGUGUACAAAAUCAAAAGUUAAUAAUAUAUUUAAUGUUUUUCCUUUGGUUUGGGGGAAAGAUGUAUAGAGAACAUUAAAUAGUUAGCUGUGCUUUAAGUAUGACUGGGAUGCAUUCCUGCUCAUGGAUGUAGAAAACAAAAUGUAUAUGAUACAGCAAUGUAAAGUUUUCUAUGUGGCAAAAGACUAUGUACAACUUUCUGUACUAUACAUCAUCUGGCAUUCUAAUCAGGUUCUAGGUCAAUAAAGUUUUUGAACUUGGUUGAUUUUAAAGAUUUUA